UAGGGUAAAUCACCCAGCCAAAAAUGUUUCGAAUAAAUACGUUCCAACUGAGUAGAGCAAUAUCAGUAUUGCAGUACUUCCAGCCUGUUAAGUUAGAGCAAAAAAAGAUGAAAUUUCUGAGUUGCGGAUUGUUAUUGGCUAUUUUAGCUUGCCAUUUGAAAGAAGUCUGUUUGUCGGAUGUUUGCACGAAAUGGGGCUAUGCCUGCCGAGAUAACCGAACUGUGGUGUGGUGCUCCAUGCAGGAUAGCAGAUGGAUUGAGACAGAGUUCCUCCAGUGCGGCGUCAGUUUCACAUGUGAUGAACAGAACGGAAUGUGUAUCCCCGCCUAUAUCGUGGGUCCUCGCUUCGAUUGUCAAGGAGAGGGAAUUUUUCCAGAUCCCUAUCAGUGCGGGACAUACUAUGUUUGUUACUAUACCGAUAGUAGGAUGAACAAGGUUUUCGCUCGUUGUCCCAAGGGAAAGUAUUAUUCGGUUCUGACGAACACAUGUAGUUUUGAGGAGCACAAGUUCCAGCCUUCCUGCCCCCGACAAUUUACUUGUGACUAUCCCGGUCAAGUCGGUAUCUGGCCCCGAAACAGUAAUAUCUACUACGUUUGUGCAUUGAAUCCUGAUACGAGGAAUUCAUUCCUUUUCCCGAAAGUGUUCCGGUGCUCGGAAAAUAUGGUGUUCAACGGCACUCAGUGUGUGGAACGACCGCAAGAAGGUUGUGCUUUGGAUACGCGACUGAAUGUAACAGAUAAUUGAUAAAGUUUUGUGAUUUCUAGAUAGUGUAUUGAGAUUUUAAGUUAUAAUACUUUAUUAUUAAGACUUGAAGUGUACGAGAAAACAGGAAAUAUAUGUAAGACGCAUUUUGAGCGUAGAAACAAAAACAAAGUGUAGUUAGUA